CGCCGUCGCCGUCGCGUACUGAGAUUCACACACAGCACCCCGCCGUUUCCAUAUGCGCACACGGAUCCUCUUGGCCCCAUAGCUGCCGAAUUCACCAGGCCCUACGCGCCUUCGUCUCACCCUCCGCGCCCUGUCAGUACGUCAUCACGCCAAGGACGGUCCGCCCAACCAUCGACACACCAAACACGGCGGCGCAAGGAUCCCGUGACAUUCGAACUGAGCCUUCUCCCAUAGCACACGAACGAGGAUGACCGCGGAGCAAAGCGCUGCGGCCCAAGGCCAAAAGCGCAUCCACAGCCUCGUCGUCGAUACCGGCCCUCUGAUCAAGAACGAGCCAGCCCUCUCGACCCUGAUAUCCCAGGCCGAAGAAAUCUACACCAUUCCCUCCGUUCUCAGCGAGAUCAAGGAUGAAGCCACCCGCGCCCGAGUCCAGACGACCCUCCUCCCCUUCCUGAAGCUGCGAAGCCCACGGCCCCAGUCGAUCAAGUUCAUCACGGACUUUUCAAGGAGGACUGGAGAUCUCGAGGUCAUGAGCAAGCCCGAUAUACACCUUUUGGCACUUGUCUACGAGCUGGAGAUAGAGCGAAACGGUGGUGACUGGAGGAUACGGAACAGCCCUACCCAGAAGGGCCUGAACGGCAAGCCCCCAGGGCAGGAGGCGUCUUCUGAGAAGAAAGAGCAGACCGAGGAAGGUAUCGAAUCAAAAUUGGGAGAGCUGAGUCUCGAGGAGAAGUCUGCGCCACCGACAGAAGAAGAGGCCGCCGAAGCAUCAGCUCAAGCAGAGCCUGAGGUGCCCGCUGCUCAGCCAGCAAGCGAGCCCGUUGCAGAGAACGUAAAUGAGGCAGACCAAAACCAGGAGCAGAAUGAUAAGACAACCGCCAACUUGGAUGAGAGCGCCGAAGAUCAGCCAGAGCUCACACAGGAGCUCGAGGAUGCAGAGCAACAACCCUCAGACGACGACGACAGCGACGGGUGGAUCACGCCGUCGAACCUGAAGAAGCACCAGGCCAAGGACAACCAGGUGUCUACGCCCUCCGAGGCAAUCGAGGAGACCCUGCAGGCGGCCCUUCUCACAUCUGACUUCGCCAUGCAAAACGUAGCCCUACGGAUAAACCUCUUUCUCGUCUCACCCUCCAACCUGAGCCGCAUCAAGAAGCUCAAGACCUGGGUCCUGCGCUGCUACGGGUGCUUCAGCGUGACGCGGCAGAUGGACAAGCAGUUCUGCCCAAAGUGCGGGCAGGCGACGCUGACGCGGACGAGCUGCAGCACCGACAGCUCGGGGCGGAUGCAGCUGCACCUGAAGCGCAACUUCCAGUACAACAAGCGGGGCAACGUGUACAGCAUCCCCAAGCCGGUGCACGGCACCGCCAGCGGCAAGAUGGCCGGCGUGGCGGGCGGCGGCAAGGGCCACUGGGGCAAGGACCUCAUCCUCGCCGAGGACCAGCAGGAGUACCAGCGCAAGGUCGACCACGACCGCCGCCAGCGCCAGCGCGACCUCAUGGACGAGGACUACCUGCCUAACCUGGUCACGGGCGAGCGGACCGGCGGGCACGGGCGGAUCAGGGUCGGGGCGGGGCGGAAUGUCAAUGCGAAGAAGAGGCGCUGAGCGUGCUGGGCGGGACGGGACGUGACGGGAUGCUGGCUGGGCUGGGCUGGGCUAGGCUGGGACUUGAGGUAAUGACGGAUUUGGGAUGGAUGAUACGCAUACAAUCAAUCGGUCAACACUUAGAUAUCACGUCAUGCAUCAGGGGGAUGUCACGUGGGUUCCCCUUUGUUGGUAGAUAAAAUGAUACCAAAAAAGGCGUCGAGGAAGAACCGUGUGAUUUUACAGAUAUCUAAUUCGAUACCAUUUCCCCGGGUUCUUGUUAAAUCAAGCAAGAAUUUUUGCAGUGGAACCAACGCCUGCCUCCCUUUGAAAAACCCCCAAACUCCGGCCUGUACUAUGUAAAUAAGCCAGGCCAAAACCGCCGAGCACAAGCUUUUUCAUCUCGUGGCGCUUUUGUCCGUCUUUUUUUCUCUUCCUAUUUCUCCAAGGUCGACUCUUGUCUUGUCUGUAUGCCAGGGCCGUCUUUCUUUCCAGGGCCGUCUUUCUUUUCCCAAGCCGUCGGGAUCCAAUGACCGUCCUGGCCUGCGAGGCGUGUGCGGUGCUGAGUGAGUGAUGACCAUGACCGCAUCGGCAUCGCGCUCUCAUCGUCCCAACAAAAAAAAAAGGAGGUUCUCGUUGGCUGGUUGAUUGGCGGUGACCACGACAUUUCCGUUUUCAGCGCCCCUCCCUGGGUUGAGAUCGAUCGAUUCAUAUCCAUGUUCUUCCUUGUUUGCUCCUUCGUGAUGUACUCGCUGCCGCCGUAGUCCCUCCUCAACGAGCCAACCCCAUGGUCCAAGCAGCUCAGCUCGGCCGUAAGCCCAAAGCAGCCAGCCAGCUUGUUGGUGAAAGAAGUCAAGUCAAGGCCGACCGACUGGCCCCAUCCAUCGCCCCUCCACGGGCGUCCGUCCGUCCAUUGGUAGGUAGCGAGGCAGGUCUCCUAGAUGCCCUGCGGCAGGCGGCCGAACCUCUUGCGCAGCAGGUUGCGGUGCUUGCUCCACUUGUCGUCGGGGGAGAAGCGCGCCGGGUGCGCGGACUUGGUCACCUUGCCCUCGAGGACCUUCUUGAGGGUGUAGGUGCGCUUGCCCGAGGCGGCGUCGACGUUGCACAUCAGAUGCAUGUUGGGAGUGUGUGUGUGUUUACUGAAGAGGUUGGGCUGGGUAUGUGGGCGACUUUUGCAGAUGGCUGGGCGAAUCGUGGUCGGCGGUGAUGGUGAUGAGGUUGGUGAUGUUUUUUUGCGCAGCAGCGG